AGACUCGAACCUACGAUGACUGGCUUGUUUGACUGGCAUCGUACCUCGAGACCAACCGGAAGGAAGGAAAAUGCAAAAACGUUAGAAAUGAAUGUGACGAUUUUCUACCGUGCAAAUAAAAUUGGAAAAAAAUGUUUUUCGAAACCGCCAGCUUGUGCAUUGAAAGAGACUCUACGUGGAAUACGUGACACAGAUUUGAGCUGUUUGUACUCAGGUAUGGCGCUUUUGGCAUACAAUUCUCGUCAAAUUGCGUACCGAGGUUUAUCGUUACCAAACGCAUGGGUGUUGUAUCUAUUGACGGGUCAUCGUAAAAGUACUAAUGUCGACGCAAUCGACUCAUUCAUCAGUGAAUUAGUUGAAAAUAAAACGCUGAAGUGGAAAGUUCUUAGCCAUAACAAGAAAGUCACUAAAACUAAUGGUACAGUAGCAUCCGAGCUGGCAGUCCCAGCGAGCGGAAAUUCUUCCUUCAAGCUGACACAAAUUUUCGAUGAUUUAACAUCUAAUCCGAUUGUGAUCAACAUAGACCUACUAGAGCAACAGCACGUAGACAAUCUGGUAGAAACCGCAAUUAAAGAGGGCAACCAAAAAGAUGUCCAUUUACUAUUCGAACAAAUGGAUCAGUAUCGAAAGCUUCCCUCAAAAACGGUGCUCAACAUGCUACUGGAAAAUUUCGCGAAAAAUGUAGAUAGACUGCGAUUGGUUCGUUUGAUGGAACUUUGUAGAAGAGUGGAUGCAGAUUUUGUGUCAACAAAUGGUGACUUGCUGCAUUAUAAAGCAUUACUGCAAUGGAAGAGUGGGAGCUCAUUAAACGCUUUGAAUAGUUUUAAGGACGCUCUUCGAAGUUGCACUUCUAAUGCAACUAAAGAGGUAAUAAAUCGGAUGCUGAAAGAAAUUGUCGACGAGACCAUUGGUAAGAAAAGUGAAGCAGUUCUACUGGCUGUCAUUGAGAUGGGGGAAUUUUGCAUGCUGCAGCUUCACGAUGAAUAUUUGUUAUGUUAUUCUUGGGAGAAGAGUUUCCGCAGCCAAUGGUACAGCGAUCAGGAGGUAGCUAAAACGAUUUUCAAUAAGCAUAAUGAUCUACGGCUGGCAAUCGCGAAAAGGCUUAGUAAAAUAUGUUUCAUAUAUCUGCAAGAGUACUGCAUCGAACAGGUUUAUCAACUUAUGGAGCUGUUUUUGAAGCAUAACAUGUUGAUACAGUGCCGGUUAAUCUUGAUCCGGUUAUUUGAAUACCAAUAUUGGCGUCGCGAUUUAAGAGCAUGUUCGGAAAUUAUUCAAAACUCUAUCGAUUUGAAUAUACCGCUACCAGAAGUAUACAAUAGAAAAUUGCUAGAUUUGCUAUUCAAUGGAACCGGGUACCAACAAAGCUCACCUACAGUGAACGGGACAGUGCAGAAGGCUAAAAACUAUGAGUUCAAAUUUUGAAGUGUUCCUUGCAAUUUAGGUGUUAAGUUACUAAGAUGUAUAUUACCAAUCAUGUAAAUUACCUAUGUAUGACUAGAUUUUAUUAUAGGUUUGUUGAAAGAA